AUGCAUCAAUUUCAAAUUGCUUACACGUCGGUGAUGCUUUUGGUUGUCAUCAUUACUAAUUAUGCCUUGUUUAGUCCAAAUUGGCGAAAUCUCGCAUUAUCUGAUAGUUAUGAAUCAUCAGCAAAGGACAGAAUAAAAGGAAACAUAGCGAUGAAUGAUACGAUGUCAAAUGAAACGAAGUUAGUCAUACCUCGACAGAUGGGUGUCUUGAGAAAUCGUUGUUCAUAUAACGAUGAUAUGAAUGAUCAAUUUGCGGAUGAUAUGACAAUGUUUGCUGAAAAUGAUAUGAAUUCCAUUAUUUAUAACACAUUUGAGCAGCUGGAUAAUUCAGAUCAUUUCUGUUCCCUGUGGUCUUCGGAGAAACCAAUAUCGGAUACUAUCGUUAUGGUUUUACUUAUCGGUACAAGCCUCCUUGACUUUGUGGCUUUAAUAACAACGUUGAUUGAUUACGACAUUCAAUAUAUAUUCAAGAUGUCAUUUGUCAGCUUUUUAUUCCAACUUAAUCUUAUUCCAACAAUUCUUUUGACCACUGUUGUUGUCUUAUAUGCCUAUUGCAAUAAACAAGCCGUCGAUGCUGCAAAUCAUAUCGUGAGGCAAUUAGCAAGCAGCCCAAUAUCAACCAGAAGUGCGGGGGACAUAGACGUGAGUGUCGGAAGUGGCUUCUACGUCGGUUGUGUCGCUCUAAUGAUCCAUUGGCUUCUUAAUUUCGGUACUGCCAUCUAUUGGCAGUGGCCACGAAUUUCUCGUCUCACUUCAAUCUUCUAA